GGGAGGAGGAGGAGGAGGAGUGGAGCUUGGAUGCUUCGGUUGAACUGGGCUGCCGCUGCUUUUCACUCCAAUUCAGCAUAAGUUCUCCGACCAAGUUUCACAUAAGAAGUCGUGGACUAGCUGGGACAGGAAUGGAGCUUUCGACAGGCCGGUUCUGCUGUUUACUGUUGAGCCUCUUUGCAGGUUUGGCCUCUGGUUUGGAGAUUACAUCUACAGGGCCGACUUCCAUAGAGAAGGCCAGCGGUCAGAGUGUGAAGCUGGAUUGCCAGUUCAGCCUGGGCCCUGAAGAUUCUGGGCCACUGGAUAUUGAAUGGAGCCUGCUGUCCUCCGACAACCAGCAAGAGGACAAAGUGGUGAUCCUGUACUCAGGUGACAGGGCCUAUGAAGACUACUACCCCCCCAUGAGGGGUCGAGUCCAUUUCAACUCAGCCGACCCCAAGAAUGGCGACGCCUCCAUCAACCUGACGGGGCUGAAAUCGUCGGACUCGGGCACCUACCAGUGUAAGGUGAAGAAGGCUCCUGGUAUUCGCAGCAGGAAGAUGCUGCUGAUUGUCAUGGUGAAACCAUCCAAGCCCAGGUGCUAUGCCGAAGGCCCCUCACAGGAGGGCAAAGACAUUGUGCUGAGGUGCAUAUCCAGUGAGGGCACCAACCCCCUGCAGUACAGCUGGGAGAGGACCAGUGACAACAAGCUGCUGCCUGCCUCCGCUGUGAUGGAUCCUGUGGGAGGCACCAUUAAUGUGCGGAACGCAUCUGCCAGCGCAUCUGGUACCUACCGCUGCACUGCCAGCAAUCGUGUUGGCACUGAGGAAUGUGUACUGUAUCUCAAAGUGACACCUCCCCCCAACACUGCAGGCAUCAUCGCAGGAGCCAUAAUUGCUGUACUACUGAUCCUCAUCAUUAUUGCCAUCAUCCUCUUCUGCUGUUGCCGUGCCCGUCACAGGAAGAAGUACGAGAAGGAAAUCUGCAAUGAGAUAAGAGAGGACGUGCCUCCUCCUAAGAGUCGCGUUUCAACGGCACGCAGCUUCACUGUGGGCAGCCAGCGCUCCUCCCUGGGCUCUAUGUCACCUUCCAACCUGCAUGAGUACGCCCUGAAGCCCCAGUACGACAAGAUUCCCUCAUCAGAGGAGUUUGAGAGGCCUCCAAGCCACGCCCCUCUGCCCCCGCCCACCGCCGCCAGGAUGGCGGGCCCCAACCUCAGCCGCAUGGGGGGCAUCCCCGUCAUGAUCCCUGCCCAGAACAGGGACGGCUCGAUUGUCUAGCCUGUCCUCUUCUUACGAAGGGACUGUGCAACAAGGGGAGAGGACGGAGGAAGGGAGUAGGACACAAGCCAAUGAAGAUGGAGCAAGAGCUGGGAUGGGCUGACUCGCCCGACUUUUAGCUCUUCAUUAUUUACAAAUGGAAGUAUACUUCUCUUAUGAAGACCUGGCUCUGGUGUGGUGCUGAGAAGAGAAAUUGAGUUGUACUGGAAUCACAACAGAGCACAUUAACUUUUUAUCAAAUACAAAUAAAAAAAACAAACUUUUAUGAAUUUUACUUCCUGGACUUUCUCACCGAAAAAUGAAUUAGUGUGGAUAUAAAGCAGAAUGGUCAAUAUACAAAUUAUAUUGUACAUAUUUGAAUGCAUGUUUUUUUUUUUUUUUUUUUU